ACAGAGAGAGAGAGAGAGACUGCGGGAAUGAGCUUUGAGCAGUGAAGCCGAUACACCGAUGGCGGCGAAGACUAAAAAAGGAAAUGAAUCUACGAAGAGAAAGCGAAUUGCAGCCGCGGAAGGUGAAGGAGAGAGAGCAAAACCGAAGAAACUGAAAUUGCCUUCGAAUCCUGUGAACAAGGGUUUGAAGAAACCUUAUAAAUUAUCCAAACACCAACACGAAUCUAAACCAAAAUUUCAGAAAUCAGAGACUGAUAAAGCGAAAGUGGAGCAGCCAAGCAAGAAAGAACGUCGUUUACACGCGAAGGAACUAGCAGAAGCUAGGAAGAAGAAGAGGAAGCGGCAUUACACUCUGGAACAAGAACUUGCAUCACUGUGGGAAAAGAUGAGGCUACGUAAUAUUACCAAAGAAAACAGAUCCAAGCUAGUGAGUGAAGCUCUAAAGAAGAUGCAGGGAAAGAUUCCAGAAAUUGCAAGCUCUCAUGUUUCUUCCCGUGUUCUUCAGACUUGUGUUAAGUACUGUUCACAAGACGAGAGGGAUGUUGUCUACAAGGAACUCCAGCCCCAUUUUCUCACUCUGGCAUGCAACACGUAUGCAGUCCAUCUACUGACAAAAAUGUUAGAUAAUGCUUCGAAAGAACAACUGGCAGAGUUUACUUCCUCCCUCCAUGGGCAUGUUGCUACUCUACUUCGCCAUAUGGUUGGCUCACUUGUUAUUGAACAUGCAUAUAAAUUGGGAAAUGCAACUCAGAAACAAGCUCUUCUAAUGGAACUAUAUUCCACCGAGCUUCAGCUGUUUAAGGAUUUGGUUACAACGAAAGAGGGCAGUUUAGUAGACAUAAUUUCCAAGUUACGUCUGCAAAAAGCUUCAGUCUUACGGCAUAUGGCUUCUGUUCUUCAACCAAUUUUGGAGAAAGGAAUAUUGGACCACUCAAUCAUACACAGAGCAAUGAUAGAGUACUUUAGCAUUGCUGACAAGUCCUCCGCCGCAGAUGUGAUUCAACAGUUGUCAGGUCCAAUCAUUGUUCGAAUGAUUGGUAGCAAGGAUGGGUCCAGAAUUGGAAUGCUUUGCAUCAAACAUGGGAGUGCAAAGGAAAGGAAGAAAAUUAUCAAAGGAUUGAAAGACCACAUUGGCAAUAUAGCUCGUGAUAGAUUUGGGAGUAUGGUGCUUGUCUGCAUUCUUUCAAUUGUUGAUGACACAAAACUUAUAACAAAGGUUGUUCUUCGCCAGCUUGAAACAAUUCUAAUGGAGCUUAUAUUGGACAAGGAUGGAAGGCGUCCAUUGUUGCAGCUACUUCAUCCCAAUUGCCCUCGCUAUUUCAGUCCAGAUGAUCUAGCUUCGUUGAGUUUGUCUAUUCCUUCUCUCUGCACCAAGGGAGAUUCAGAAAUAGGAUCUGACCUGGGUAAACAAACAUCAUCUUCCGAGGUUGGUGAAGCAGGUGAGGAGGAUCGGAGCGGCACAGAUGAAAUUCUAGCUGAGCCUGACAGUAGCGAAGGUCCUGAAGAGAGUCCACACACAAUUGAGGGUGGAAAGAAGGAUCCUUUUGUACGACGACAAGAGUUGUUGAUCACUAGUGGGCUUGCUAAGAGUCUCAUUGAUGCAUGUGGUGAGAAGGCAGGAGAACUGCUAAGAUCAAACUUUGGCAAAGAUGUCAUAUACGAGAUUGUAACUGGAGGUGCUGGUGGCAUUCUCCACCCUACUUUGGAUCAAAAGCUAGGCACCCUAUAUGAAACUAUAGCAUCACUUGUGGCACAGCCUAGAUCGGAGGCACCGGUGGAGGAGCAUCUUCUUGAGCACUUCCAUUCUAGUAGAACCAUUAGAAAAUUGGUAUUAGAUUGCCCCACCUUUGCUUCCACUUUAUGGGAGAAAGCUCUGGAAGGAAAGUGUGAAAUGUGGGCCCAAGGUCACAGUGCUAAGGUAAUUAGUGCAUACUGGGAAACCUCAGAUUCUGCGGUACAGGAACUGGCAAGAGAUGAGUUGCAGCCAUUGAUAGAGAGAGGCAUUCUCAAGCUUCCUGAAACCGAUAAGUCUGCUAAAGCAGGCUAAGUUAUCCAAGGAAGAUGAGCUGAUAACUCUCUUGAUUGAGCAAGCAUGAUUGCAUUGAAUCACUGGUGAGUUAAGAUGGAUAAAAUAUCUUGCGAUUAUGGUUAUUAUUUUCGGCCAUCUGGGUUUUUUAGUUAGGUUAGCACAAGUGAAUCUGAUAAGUUCUUUCAGUUAAAUUGGGGUUGGGGACAGGAGUAAAGUUGUGUCUGGGCUUGUACAAGUACAUGACAGUCUUAUUUAUCAGUUUUAAUUUAAGCUAACAUUUCAUGUACACUACUAUGAAUG